GAUUACGGAGGAGUUGCAUGCACGUUUUACAAGACUGCGCUCCAUCUAUACAAUGCAUGAACAUGAACGAGGAUUUCCAGACAUUUCCAAAAGUCUCUCAAUAGUUCUGUAUAAUUUUCUAAGAGUACGGGGGAAAAUAUUUUUUGCAAAUAUGAAAUGUAAAUGGUGGAAUGUAAUAUUCCUUUGUCAUACUUCCUUCAUCGAAAGCGAUUUUUACGAAAAAGACGCUUUUUAAGAUUGUAUGAAGUUGCCUGAGUAUCGACCAAGAAGAAAUCAGAUUUAUAUCGAAGUUAUAGGUACCCAAGCCAUUAUGUUCGGACCCGCCACUACUCCAUUCAUGAUCUACUUCAGUUGCCUGGCUAAUUUUCAUCUAGUUACGCGUAAAGUUGUGAUCGUUUUUUUUAGAAAAUGAGUGCAAAUAUGCCUAAGAAACGUAAAAUACUUAACGUGGACGAUAAGUGUCGGAUAUGUCUAUCUGAACAAGGAUGCAUGAGCGAUAUUUUCGCAGAGUCUAUACAACCUCAGUUAGAGGAUCUGACAAAGUGUACUUCUGUAGAUAUCGAGGAUGACGAAGACUUACCAAAAAAGAUUUGCCACGUGUGUCUUUACAAAUUAGAAAUGUGGAGUGAAUUCAAGGAGCAGUUCAUUCGAAGCAACGAGAUGCUUCUUGAACUUUUGGUAUUGCCAGAGACUGCAGACAUUACAAUGUGCAAGAGAAAACAUAAUGAGGAGGAGCAAAGUAGUAAGGAUAGUUUGUCUGAACUUCCUGAAAAGAAGAAAUCAAAGUCUGACAUACCUCCCUUAAUACCAUUGGAGUUUGCUAGUGUUGACUGCGUAACAGAUCAGACUGUAUUGAACGAAUUGUACAUUCCUGAGGAUGAAUCAGUAUUGGCUUCCAAGGAUGCUUCUAAACAGAUCGAUGAUGCUUUAGGUCAGCCGCAGGAUGUUAAAGAGGAAGAAGUACAAGACGAAGGACAGACACGAGUAAAACAUACCGCAGUUGGAAUGAAGGUGAAAUGUAUUACCGGAAAGCGAGGUAGGACAACUGACAGACGUAAAGCGUCUACAAAACGUUGGGUCGCACGAAAAAAAGCUCUUUUAGCAGCAACAGGUGAAAAUGCUUCUGAUACAGAUUCCAUCGCAUCGGAUGACACGCAACUAUCCCCGGUACAAAAAGCCAGAGCGAAGACUAACGCGGAAAAGGAGGUCGAGCGACAGAAGAGGUUAUCUAAGGCACACAAGAACUUUGAAUCAAACAUGUCAAGUAUUAGCGAUAUGAAGCAAGAUGAAAAUGACGUUGAAUUCACUGGUGCUGAGUCAGAAUCUAGGAAGACACUUUCUCAAAAGUCUGGAAAUGGUGAGAAUUCACGAAAUGAGGAAAAUUUGGAAGUUGAAGGUAUUAACAAGAAACUAAAAGAGACACAAAAAAAUAAUGAAAUGGUAAAGAACAGCAAGGGCUCAAACCCUGAAGGAGACGUUGCUCAGAAUAAAAAUUCUUUACCGAAUGCGCACACAGAAGCAGCACCGACUGAAUCUGAACAACCUGAUACGGAGUUACAUUCUGACAGUGCAUUUAAUCCUCAUUCUGUUCGUUCCGAAUUAAAGAUUGGAGAUGCAACGUAUAUAGUUACGUCUACGCUGGUUCUCUCUGAACCGCAUUAUCUGAACAAGACUCACCUGAACAAUUCUUCACAAGAUAUAAUCGGGUUAAGCGUAGAUGAGAACAGUCAAGAACGUAACACAGACAUCAUUGAUGCUGUGCAAUUGCGCAGAGUCAAUCCUAAGUCACCUGUACAGGAUGAAAAGAAAUUUAUAGAGAGAUGUUUGAACAUUGAAGUGGAAGGUACUGAAGUUGAAGCUUUGCAGCGGGUUCAGGCAGAGCUUGCAACCUUUGUGGAAAAUGACAUGAGGCACAAAUUGCUGGGUACACAUAAAACUUCACCCCAUAACGAGAAGGUAGACAGUAAACCUAAAGAUUCCUUUCAGACUUUGGAUCAGCAACUGAAGACCAUAGUCGAGAAGGCUAUAAAGAAAAAUGUUGAAUCAUCGAAAUUACGAACUAUGUCUCCUGUUAAAACCACCAUAAAAGCACGCAGUCAACAGAACAAGGAAUACUCGUCAGCUCUUAUGAAAGCUGCUCUACGUUCGGAUAUGUUCCAACCAAAGGUGCUCCUGGUGCGCCUUGAUGUAUCCAAAGCCAGUAAACAUUACCAAAUUAAUAAUAUCCAAGCAUUGGAAAAACCUAAACCAAAAAGUAGAAAAGUGACUCCACCGAGCGUUCCACUAGGUAAAAGACAACGCGUUCUACCGGCUAAAUACUGCGACUUUAAUACUACACUCCUGGAUUCAGAGGAAGAGUAUCUCCCAGAAGAUAAAGUGUUGCCGUCAACAUUAAAGGUAUCUGGAAUAAAAGUACAGAACAGAAAGACUUAUGGUCCAGCAUUGGCAAGGCAGGGUGCCACGACGAAACGUAUGAAAGAAGAGGUCACAGCGACUCGCAUUGACAAAUCACUAAGUGAGAAACAUCAGGGUGAUUUGACAUCUAAAACGUUGUCGACGACUAAGAAACCUGUAACCACAAUUGAGAAAAGUUUAGACAAAGACAAGAGCAUGGAGACUGGUAGCGAUAGACACGUAUGUGGUGUAUGCAGUGAUUCCUUCGGUACCUGGAAGGAAAUAGAGGCUCACGUCCUGACCCACAAGGUAGAGGCAAGUCCGGCGAAGCAGAACAAGCACAGAAUGAUGCGUUGCAAAAGGUGUCACGAGAUUGUUGAAGCGCGAUACGUAAGGGUGCACGUGUGCCGGUCCAACAAAGCAGCCACCCAUAAGUGUUAUGUCUGCAACUCGACUUUUCGCACCGAAAAAUUACUAGUACGUCACUUAGAGACUCACGAAGAGUCAGAGUUCCGACUAGAGAAUGUUAAACGCAGCUCUGCCACGAAAAAAGCUCCUGAAGUCGCCAGCACGCAGCAGAAUAACGUGCACGUAACCCAGGAGACAAAAACUGUAGAAAGUGCACCGGUUGUAAAGGUGCCGAAGCAGACGUACACGUGUUUCGUCUGUGACAAGAUAUUCACCGAUGAGGAGGUCCUCAAAGAUCAUCUGCAAAAACACUGUGACGACAUUAGUGAGGACGAGCAAAGCACUGGGAAGGAGCAAUAUCAGUGCGCCAUCUGUGGCGAGACUCUAGAGUCUGAGGAAGUCCUGGAGAGUCACGUGGAAAAGCAUCUCUUCGACGACGAGGAUGAUAAUCCUAACCUGAUAAGCAUAACUAACGAACCGGAAAAGCAGGAGGGUAAAAAUUUCCACAAAUGCGCCCAGUGCUCCGAACAAUUCGACUCGGAGAUGUUACUCGUGAUGCACAUGCAGGCGCACGAGGAAGAGGCUGCUAUAGCUGAGUGGGAGAAACGAGGAUUAAAUGUUCAACAAGAUUAUAUCUGCGUCAUCUGCGAUCAGGUUUUUAGCAGGCAGGACGAACUCUCAGAGCAUCUCGACGUUCAUAAUGGAAAUGCUCAGGUCUGCUUCCUCUGCGAAAAGCCAUUCUCAACCUUGGAGGAUCUGCAAAAACAUGUAGAAUCCCAUUAAGUUAUUUCGUUUUCAUCAAACAACUAAUUGUGACUCUUACUCCAUCAAUCUACAAUUUAUACCUGCAUAAAUUACCUUUCGACAGUUCUUUUUCUUUUCUUUUGAAAAUUACGAGUUUUCAUCAUUUCCAGCGAUUUCUUAUAUACCACAAUUGUAAAAUGUCAAUGCGAUUUUGUUAUUGUUAUUGGAAUUUUUAAUUCAAGUAGGUGGAAGAAAAGACUUUUAUAUAUAUACAAGUACGAAUUGGGACAUUGAAUGUGCAUGAUUCACGAGAAUCAAUUACUUUAAGAAAAAUUGUCUCAAUCAUUAAAUACGUAGAAGCAUCAUAUGUUUAUACUACGGUUAAUGUAAACUGUAAAUAUAUAUAUUAUAAUCACUAACGUUUUAUGUAAGAAGUCUAUAAAUAAGUCAAAAGUUUCAUUUCAAAACAUCUGGUUAUUAUCAGCAGUAAAACCAAAAGUGCUGUCCUUGUAUUUACUUAUAUUAACGUAUAUAAAAUACACUAAUGUUUAAGCGUCAUCCAGUGUCUUGUAUAUAUACGCAUAGAUAGAUAAUUAGCUAAAUAGGGCUAAUAUUGACCACCAUAAUUGUUUGUUCAAUUAGUCAUACAUUACACAUGUGUAAAGUGACUGGGUCAUGUUAUAUUAUAAAGGUAUGAAUAAAAAAAAAACCUUAGGACUGAAA